AUGGCUGCUUCUCAGGGACUGUUGACCUUCGGGGAUGUGGCUAUAGAUUUCUCUCAGGAGGAGUGGGAAUGCCUGGACCCAGCUCAGCAGAAGUUGUACCUGGAUGUGAUGUUGGAGAACUACAGCAACCUGGCCUUUCUGGCUAUGUCAUCUGAAGAUUACCAGGCCUUUAUGCCAAAUACUGGAAUACCAAAUUUAUUCUCUGAAAUAAUACUGGGUAUAGGUUUUGGAGACGGAAGUUAUCAAUGGAAUGAACAUCUGGAAAACUUUAAGCAAGAGUCAUAUCUUAAUCAUCAUACAAGCGAGCUUGCAGAGAACCAUUACAAAAGUGGAAAAGUCUUUGACCAAAAAAUGUCCAGUCACAUUAUAUGUCAGGUUAUACCUGUUGUGAAGAAGACACACAAAGGAAAUAAAUGUGUCCAGUCUUUUCAGCAGUCAUUAAAUUACACCAAACAAGAGAAUAUUCAUACCGGAGAGGAGGCUUAUAAAUGGAAUUUGUGUGGGAGAGGCUUCAGUCAACUAUCCAAUGUAAAUAGACUGCAAAAAAUACGUAAUCAAGAAAAACCUUAUCCGUGUAAAGAUUUUGAUGAAACAUCUCAUUGGCCUUCAGAUUAUACUCUAAAUCAAAGAAUUUAUACUGGAGAGAUGCCUUACAAAUGUGGAGAAUGUGGAAAAGCCUUUGGCAGAUCUUCAUACCUUAAAAUGCAUCAGAGAGUUCACACAGGAGAGAAGCCGUACAAAUGUGGAGAAUGUGGCAAAGCCUUUGGUAGAUGCUCAAACCUUACAAUCCAUCAGAAAGUUCAUACUAGACAGAAGCCCUAUAAAUGUACAGAAUGUGACAAAUCCUUUGGCAGUUCCUCGGGACUUAUAAAGCAUCACAGAAUUCAUACUAGAGAGAACCCUUAUAAAUGUACAGAAUGUGACAAAUGCUUUGGCCGUUCCUCAGAACUUAUAAAGCAUCAGAGAGUUCAUACUGGAGAGAAGCCUUACAAAUGUAGAGAAUGUGGCAAAUCUUUUGGCUUACCCUCAAGGCAUGCAUAUCAUCAGAGAGUUCACACUGGAGAGAAGCCUUAUAAAUGCAGAGAAUGUGGUAAAGUGUUCAGUGAGUCCUCGAAUCUUAAUCGACAUCAGAGAAUUCAUACAGGAGAGAAGCCUUACAAGUGUAGAGAAUGUGGCAAAGCCUUUGGUAGAUCCUCAAUCCUUGCUGAUCAUCAGAGAGUUCACACGGGAGAGAAGCCUUAUAAAUGUAAAGAAUGUGGCAAGUUCUAUAGCAGUUCCUCAAUUCUUACGGUACAUCAGAGAGUUCAUACUGGAGAGAAGCCUUACAAAUGUGGAGAAUGUGGCAAAGCCUUUGGCCGCUCAUCAGGACUUAGUAAGCACGAGAGAGUUCAUACUGGAGAGAGGCCUUAUAAAUGUACAGAAUGUGGUAAAUCCUUUGGCAAAUCCUCAAACCUUAACAAGCAUCGGCAAGUUCAUACUGGAGAGAAGCUUUAUAACUGUACAUAA